AUGCCUCUCGCAAAGGAUCUCCUACAUCCCUCUCCAGAAGAGGAAAAGAGGAAACACAAGAAAAAGCGCCUGGUGCAGAGCCCCAAUUCCUACUUUAUGGGCGUGAAACGCCCAGGAUGCUAUAAGAUCACCGCGGUCUUUAGCCAUGCACAAACGGUAGUCUUGUGUGUCGGCUGCUCCACUGUCCUCUGUCAGCCCACAGGCGGAAAAGCAAGGCUGACAGAAGGAUGCUCCUUCAGGAGGAAGCAGCGCUGAAAAGCACCUGAUUCAAGAUGAGUGGGAACCAUCCCAAUAAACACAUUUUGGAUAUAAAA